UCAUUAAAAUCAUAAUUCUCGUAUGGCCCGAAGGCCGAAUGUUAGGAAGAGCCCGGGAGAGAGGCGUCGGCGAUCCACCAGUAUAUAAACCAACGGUCGGUGGUACAGAGCAUCACACAACCACGACACCUCCGUGAGUCAACAUGAAAGCGUUCUUGGUAUUAGCUGCCGUUGCGGCACUCGGCUCGGCUAGACCCGAGGCGGGAUACAGUUACAACGCGCCCGGAGGCGGUGGUGGCCACGGUGGCCUCGGAGGCCUCAUCGGAGGCGGUGGGCUCGGUGGCGGCCACGGAGGAUUCUCCUCUGGUGGGCUGAGCUCCAGCAGCUUCGGAGGCAUCGGUGGCGGCAGCGGUGGAUUCUCCUCCGGAGGAUUCUCUGGUGGAUUCUCAUCCGGCGGCGGCUCUGGUGGAUUCUCAUCCGGCGGCGGCUCUGGCUUCGGCGGCGGCUCUGGUUUCGGCGGAGGCUCCGGCUUCGGAGGAGGCGCCGGUUUCGGCGGCGGCGCUGGCUUCGGCGGUGGCGCUAUCGUCCAGAAGCACAUCUACGUCCACGUCCCACCCCCAGAACCCGAAGAACAGCGUGCUCCCAUCGUAAGCGGUGGAGGAGUUCCCCAGAAGCACUACAAGAUCAUCUUCAUUAAGGCGCCCGCUCCUCCCGCACCCGUUGCACCCAUCAUCCCCGCCCAGGCUCAGAACGAAGAGAAGACCCUCGUCUACGUGUUGGUCAAGAAACCCGACGAACAGCCCGACAUCACCAUCCCCACUGCUGCUCCCACUCAGCCCUCCAAACCCGAAGUUUACUUCAUCAAGUACAAGACCCAGAAGGAAGGUGGUGGCGCUAUCGGAGGCGGCUCUGGCAUCGGCGGUGGUAUCGGUGGUGGUAUCGGCUCUGGUAUCGGCGGUGGUAUCGGCGGUGGUAGCCUCGGCGGCGGCAUUGGCGGUGGUAUCGGCGGUGGCUCCAUCGGCGGUGGUAUCGGCGGUGGCUCAAUUGGCGGUGGCUCCAUUGGUGGUGGUCACGGUGGCUCCAUCGGAGGUGGUCACGGUGGCUCCAGCGGUGGUGUCAGCUCCUCAUACGGCCCCCCCGGCCAGUCCGGCCCUUACUAAAAGGUGCGACGGGCGCGCGCAAUUGUGAUACCU